AUGAUCAAAUCCAUCGCAGUCUUUGCAUGUGCACUCCUAUCCACUGCCUCAGCAACGGCAGUAGACCUUCGUCCUCGAGCGCCGGCAGCCUGGAGCAACUUUAACGACAAUGGGGUCUUCUACCCAGCCGAGAACUACACAAGCUGGAGGACUCUGUAUGCUCGCACGCUUCAACUUCCAGACCAGUCGAUAUUGCUCUCCUGGGAAGACUACGACCCAAACGUCGACAUCGCGUACUGGCCUGUGUACAAGUCUACCGAUGGCAGUGCCAGCUUCAAACCAUUGUCGAGAGUUCAGGAUCAGGUCAACGGCUGGGGUGUGUGGUAUCAACCAAACUUUUAUACGCUCCCGCAAGCAAUAGGAGCGUAUCCCAAGGGCACAAUCUUGAUCGCUGGCGCCUCAACUCCUCGAAACUUGAGCCACGCAUACAUCGAUGUAUAUGCCAGUACUGACAGCGGGUCGACAUGGAGCUUCGUUAGUCAUGUUGUGUAUGGCGAUGGUCCUGAGACGAUUACCAAUGACAAUAAAGCAGUGUGGGAACCAUUCCUUAUGGUCUACAACAAUCAACUAGUCUGCUACUAUUCGACGCAGACUGAUCCCAAACAUGCCCAGAAGCUAUCUCACAAGACCACAAGCGACCUGCGGACCUGGAGUGCGCAGCCCAACUAUGGCGAUCGACCCGGUAUGACGACUGUUGCGUAUAGUCCGAAAUCCAAGAAGUAUGUCAUGACCUUCGAGUAUUGUGGUGGACCAAUUGCUGGAGAGGCAUGUUGCACAGUGACUGACAAGCAUCAGGUCUCUGAUAGUCCUCUGACCUUCGGAAGCGAGCAGCCAGCGCCCAUAAUUCCUAGCAAUGGCAAUCUCAAUCCCAACGGCAGCCCGUACGUCGUCUGGACAGCAAACCCUUCCAGUACAGCCGGCGACGGUGUAUUCAUUGCCAAUGGCAAUUCUAGGGAGGAGGUCUUCGUCAACACGGAUGCCGCAGAUCCAAAUGGAUGGAAGCCGGUCAACGUUGGCCAAUGGUCUGCGUACUCCAGAUCUUUGCGCAUCAUCGAUACACCACAGAACAGUGCUGCCGGUGGUAAGAAGAAGCUGCUUAUUGCAAAUGGAGGGAACAUUGGCUGCUCGGGAUCUUGCUACAAUUUUGUGGCAACUGGCUUAGUUGACAUCCCGUCAUAUCCGAGUUGA